AGCUGUUUUGGUUCUGUUUAUGUGGCGUCGAGCAGGUGUGGGUUAAUGUUUGCUUCUGUUUAGUAUAAUUUUUCAGUAAAACUAAAACCUUGUGAAUUAUGUAAUUAUUAGUAAGAAUCGAAAGUGGCACAGAGAUAACAUAUUGAUUUUAAUAUUAGUGAAUUAUCAUAUGUGUUGAUAUACUGUAGCAAUGGAAUAAAAUAAUAUAUUUUCUUAUCGGGGACCGGAUGAUAAAUGUUUGAUCACAUGACAUUCCGUUAAUUGCAAGACAUGCCUCUAGGUAUUUUAUUUAAUUGUUAUUAAAUUUAUUAUAGUAGGGAGAAUUAUUAGAAUAUUACAUCGAUAUGAUCAAAGAAGUUAUUUAUUGGAAGAAAAUUAGGUGACCAUUCGAUAAUCAUCACAAUGUCGUUGGACAACGAAAGGCAGUUUUUGUGCCCCCGAUUAAUUGAUUAUCUAACAAUUAUAGGGGCGAGAGGGUCAUCAAGUGCCGGAUGCAAUCCUAACCGACAACCUUCAUCAAGUUCUAUUCAACCGCCUGAGCUUCUCCGUCGAUAUCCUAUAGAGGACCACAAAGAUUUUCCAAUGCCUCUAGAUAUGGUAUACUUUUGUCAGCCCGAAGGAUGUUCUUCAGUAGGACCUAGAAAAACUGCUUUGCGUGAAGCCUCGUCGUUUGUUUUUACAUUAACUGACAAAGAUUCCGGAAAAACUAGAUACGGAAUUUGUGUAAAUUUCUACAGGCCCAUUGAGAAAAUAAGUGUUUCUGCGAAAAGGACAAAUACUACUUUAAGGAGGGAUUCAUGGAGGAAGAGCAUGGAAAAAAGUUCAGAUUCUGCUUUUUCCAGUGACUAUAGAAGUAGCAAUGUUGGACCGAGCGACUCUGAGAAAGAUUGUCCUAGUCGUAGAGACUCCGAAACACCCGGUCUCCAUGUUUUACCAGCCCCUCGUUUAGGGGUAACAGGUCCUUCCAAUGAUUCAGAAAGUGGAGGAAGUUUAUCGCCUUCUCCUAGAGCAAGUCGAAGGCGCCAACGAAUACGGAAUCACUCUCUGACGUCAUUGUGUCUGCUGUCGCAUCAUCCGUUUUUCACAAUGUUUCGAGAGUGCCUAUUUAUUCUAAAAAAAUUGAUCGACGCAUGUAACGAGUCGUCUCAUCCGAGGCGCGUCGGUGGAUCCAAACAGGCGUCACGCGAUACUGUAUGGAGUGUCCUUACUGGCCAUUCUGGUGACGGUGCAUCCUCUAUAGUUCUUCAUGAUGUAAAAGAAAUAGAAACUUGGAUUUUGAGACUACUUUCAUCUCCAGUUCCCAUUCCUGGAAAAACUAAAAUUGAGUUAGAAGUAUUAUCUCCGAGUGUAUAUGAGCCGUUGAUAUUCGCUUUGCCGAGUCAUACGCGUUUCAGUCUUGUUGAUUUUCCUUUGCAUUUGCCACUUGAAUUAUUAGGUGUUGAUAUGUGUAUUAAGGUUUUGACAAUAAUCUUGUUAGAAAACAAAGUAGUUUUUCAAUCACGGGAUUACAAUGCUCUGUCGAUGUCGGUGAUGGCAUUUGUUGCCAUGAUUUAUCCCUUGGAAUACAUGUUUCCUGUUAUACCACUAUUACCUACUUGUAUGAACUGUGCUGAACAGUUGCUGUUAGCACCUACGCCCUUUGUAAUAGGAUUACCUGCAAGUUUUUUAAUGUACAAAAAAAAUUUUAAAUUACCAGAUGAUGUUUAUUUAAUAGAUUUAGAUUCUAAUAAAUUAAUUUCUCCCUCUGAAGUGCCACCUUUGCCAGAACCUGAAGGAACUAUAUUAAAGAACCACCUAAAACAAGCUAUGCAACUAAUGGACCAAGUUGGCACUGGCGCAAUGACUAGCCUUCAAACUCCAUCUACAUCUAGUAACCAGCUUCAACCUUCAAGAAGGGACAGUAUUUCUGGUACUACCUUAAGUGUGAAUAAACAAAAUUCACCAGAACUACAAACGCCAAUUGUGUCGCCGAAAUUACCAUUGUCACCCCAGUCACCAGUGCCUCCAAGGACUAAUACCAUUAUAACAUCUUCUCAAGCAAUUUAUAAUCCUUUUAUUUAUGGAAGUGAUAUUGAUUCUGUUGAUGUUGCAACGAGAAUAGCGAUGGUUCGAUUCUUUAACUCACAAAAUCUUCUAGCAAAUUUCUCUGAGCAUACAAGAACUUUGAGGUUGUAUCCACGUCCCGUAGUUGCUUUUCAAAUUAAUAGCUUUCUCAGAUCAAGACCGAGAGCUUCUCAGUUUUUAAAUAGAUUUGCAAGAACACAAGCAGUCGAGUUUCUUGCAGAAUGGUCUUUAACUCCUACCAACGUCGCUUUUCAAAGAGUCCACACAGGAGUUUUAGAUCCAUCUUUAGUUGGUGAUAAACCAAAAUGGUAUCUUCAUAAUUUAGAGCCCCUUAAAUUUAUCGUAUGGGAUGAUGGUAGUUCUUUAAAUGGCGCACUUAGGUGUCUUCAAUAUCAAGAAAAUCAACCAACUGAUGAAAGUGGCUCCGAUUCUGAAGAAGUGGAUAGCACUAGUUCCAGUUAUUCAUCACUCAGUGACUUUGUUUCAGAAAUGCAAUCUUCUGAUUUAUCACCAAGUUGUAUGUCUUAUCAGGAGCAGAGAAAAGCUACUGCUCGAAACAUAUCUAUUUGUUCUAAUGUAGACGUGGCACAAGUUUACAAACCUCCUUCUGAAUUACACUAUCCAGACGGUGAAGUUCCCGUUACUAGAUCAGACUCACCACAAUCUUCAUCUAGUAGUGAUUCAGAUUUAAGUUCACCUUCAUUUAACCGUGACUCAGAAAUUGAAUACAACAGUAAAAAUAAGAGUGAAACUAUCAAAUCGACCUCUAAAGUUGAUAAAGAGGAGAGCGGAAGUUGUGAAAAUGAAUCCGAUUCUAAUUCUACAAUGACACCAAAAACUACAGUUAGUAUGAAUACUGUAAAGACUGAAUCUGCUAGCAGUACCAAUAGUGAAUCACUAGAUAGACCAUCAACACCUAGGAAAACUAGAAGAUCUGUCACGCCGGUUCCACCAAUUACCCCUAUACUUCAAAAGCAACCCAGUAUUGGAAAUGUAUUCGUUAGAACAUCAAGUUUUGGUUCUUCUUCUGGUGGUAGUUCAGCUCCUUCAACUGCAGGAAGUGUACAACGUCAAAGCAGCCAAGGAUCACUUUUCGAGCAAUUUGCUUCUCAAGCUAAAGAAUUGGUCAAGGAAACAACUCGACAAAGUAGUCAAGAUGGUUUAUUAGCACAAAUGGAUAAGUUAAAAUUACAAGCCAAAGAAAAAUUAACCGAAGCAGAGGAAAGCAAUAUAUUUGCUCCAUUUGAUAAGUUGACUGUACACGCAAAGAAAGCUGCGGAAGAAGCAACAAAAAGUGUUCAAGAAGCAAGUAAAACUGCUACAGCUGUAAGCAAAAAUACAUUUGAGGAUUUAACUUACGUUGGUAAAUCUACGUUAGAUGAUCUUACUAAAAGUGCAAAGGAAGUGGUCACCAAAAAAGGAUUGCUUAGAGCUGACUCAUUUAAUAAGUCUUCUGAAGGAAGGAAAGAUUCAACUAGCAGUAAUACGUCAAUUGUAGCCACUUCAGGGAACGUGUUCUCAGGAGCCAGUCGAGAUUUUUUCUCUAACUUUAGUCCAGAUCUUAAUGGAAUUGCAACAAGUACUACAAAUAUUUUUUCCGAUUUAUUCGGAAGCAAAAAGGAAACUCCAAAACCAACCCAAUCCAUUCAACAACAGAAACCGAAAGAAACAAAGAUAAGUAUGUUUGGUCCAUUUCAAAGAGGUCCUAGGGGAUUAGCUGAAAAAAGUCCCUUAAUAAAACAUACUCCAAGAAAACAAGAUGAAAUUCAUAGGAAACAAUCUAUAGAUAAAUCGGCAACCAACAGUGAGAAUCAAACCUUUUUGAAGGAUGUUAUCAAUCAGGUCUUGGAAGGUGAAGGUGUGGGAUGGUUGAAAUUAAAUAGGUUGAAAAAGUUAAUGGAGGAUGAAUCUUAUCGUAAUUUUGUUUUAAGUAAAUUGAACAAAACCUUAGAUAGAAAAAUUGCUCCAGAUGAUCAUAUCGAUGAUGUGUGUAUUACAAAGCCUGUUUGGAAGGGUAUGUUGAAAGUAUUGCAAGCAAUAGUACAUGGUUUGGAAGUAACUUUUGGGAAUUACGGAUUAGGAGGAAUGGCUUCAGCAUUUCAAUUACAUGAAAUUGCUCAUACUCAUUAUUGGAGUAAAGAGUUAGCAGACUAUAAUACCGACAUAACUAGUAGUUCUAGUCCAAGAUCUCCACAGAGUCCAAGAUUAUCUAUACAAUCUGACUGGGAAAAUUCAAGGAAGUCAUCACAUUCAGAGCCACCUGAAGUUAGAUUAAUUCAGGGAGAUGAAUCAGAUAAAGAUCAACAUUCAACUGCAGAGAUGUUUAAGGAUAUGUUGACACAAAAGAAGAACUUACUGCUCAGUAAACUAACAUCGUUUGAUUCUGAUGCUGAGGGCACUAUGCAUGGGUCUGGAGGCACCGUUUCACCAUCAACAGGUUCUAUAACCACAGGCCCUGCAUGCGGAUUAAAUCGUGGCGGUACGCAGGCUUCUUUCCGGUCCACUGUCUCAGAUACCGAAGUUGAAACUCUGCAGUUUCCUAAGAUUGCCAAACAGAGAACUGCAAGUGUGUGGUCCAGUAAAUCGUCUCUAGGUUCAGGGUUUAGGUAUCACGCGGGACAGAUGGUUAAUACAGUAACUUCACCUUCUCCCGAUGCGCCUCGGACAUACUUAUUUGAGGGAUUAAUUAAUAAAGAGAGAUCUAGCUUAUGGGACCAAAUGCAAUUUUGGGAAGAUGCUUUCUUGGACGCAGUAUCCCAAGAAAGAGAUAUGAUAGGAAUGGAUCAAGGUCCAAGAGAGAUGAUGGAGAGGUACAAGGGCUUAAGUGAUACUGAGCGAAAGAGACUUGAGCAUGAAGAAGAUAAACUAUUAGCAACCAUGUUAUAUAAUUUGACAGCGAUUUUGGUCAUGUUGAACUGUAACAAAGAAGAAGUGAAAAGAAAAAUUAGAAGAUUGUUGGGAAAAAGUCAUAUUGGUUAUGUAUAUAGUCAAGAAGUUAAUCUGUUAUUAGAUCAAAUUCAUCACUUGAAUGGAAAUGAUAUUGAUUUGAAACCACUUGGAUCGAGGUUACUACAUAGACAGAGUUUCACAGUUCAUCAGGGUGUUGACGGAGGUGGUGAAUUGAGAUUUAUGGAAGUAAGAGAUGAUGGGUUAGUUUUGAGAUCAGUUUCGGGGGUAAUUGUUGAACGUUGGUGGUUUGAAAGGCUUGUAAAUAUGACCUAUAGUCCUAAAAAUAAGGUAUUAUGCUUGUGGAGAAGAAAUGGACAACAGACUCAGCUUCAUAAAUAUUACACUAAAAAGUGUAAACAAUUGUAUUAUUGCAUUAAGGAUGCCAUGGAACGAGGCGGAGUGGCAGGUACUGCUCCAGAAUUAGGCGGCGAGUUUCCUAUUCAGGAUAUGAGUACCGGGGAGGGGGGUCUGUUGCAGGUCUGCAUGGAAGGUGUUGGACUUCUCUUCGCUAACAGCAAGUUUUUCGUAAGGAUCGACCAUAUUAGGAAGUGUUUUACGCAACAAGGAAGCAUAUUUAUCAUUGAAGAAUUCAACCCAAAAACGAGGCAUGUUAUUCAAAGGAAAUAUAAAUCACCUAUGGCUGAUCAGAUUUGCUACUCAGUCCUCUGCGUGUUUUCCUACGUUGCUGCAGGUUCAGACAAAUCGGUUGCUCCUCAACUUACGAAACCUAAGUCAACACAUCUGCCCCUGAGUUGUGUCCGCCCUAUAUUAUCUCCUCAAGAUUCCCCACAUAAUCUAUCACACAAAUCGACGUCUAGCCCGCAACAGUUACAGGCGGCUCCUCCACCUUCAAGCCCUGAACCUGGAUCAGUGACACCGGUGGGGGGACCUCCAAACUACCCACCUCCUGCAUUACCACCUGGUGUGGCGCCACCAGCUCAACCUCCUGGAGGUAGGACUUAUAUAGUGCCUGUGCAAUUGGCUAGUUCUAAGCCACCACCAGUUCCACAGAGAUCUAUGUCGUUAAGUUCGGCGCAGCCACCGCCGACACCGCCUAGGCCCAAGUGAUAUGGUUUAGGAACAAUUUUAUGAUAGUUUUAAAUUAAAUUAUUAUUUAUCAAUAUAUUUUUAAUUUAGUACAUUUGAUAGUUACAGUUACUGUUAAAUAAUGUUUAUGAACUGAAUUACGUACAUAAUAGAGCGUAUAAUUUUUAUUAACUCUAAAUGGUAAAUGAAUAGAGUUUGAGAACAUUUUAAGGUGUUGAUGAAGUAUUCAUCAUAUAUUACUGAUAUUAAUUAAAAUAAAUAUUCACCUCUAUCACAUAAACACAAAUUGCAAAUACAUAUAUAUAUAUAUAUAUAUAUAUAUAUAUAUAUAUAUAUAUAUAUAUAUAUCAUACUAAAUGGCUAAGCAAAUAAAAUUUAAUUACAUACUUAUAUACAAAUUCCGUUCCCAAUAAAUCAUAUAAAAUAAAAUUUUGAUUUUAUCCAUGAAAGUAUAUUUCCAUGGCGCUUAUUUUAUAUAAGAGAAAAUUUUCAUUAUUAUUUAUGAUUAUUCUUGAGUACUUUAAGGUACAAAAAUGUUUACAUUUUCUGCUAUUUGUUCUUUUUUUUCUGAUAAACCCAUAUCAUAUUGAUUGUGUGAUAGAUGUAACAUACAUUAAUGUUUCCAUAAUUCCUUUAAACAGCAACAUUUCUGUACUAAUGUUCUGUAAAGAUGUGCAAUAAACGUAAAUUGAUAAGCUAGUUUUUAUUUUUAAUAAUUAACAAAGAAUUGUAGUCAUUAAUCAAAUAUUAAUGAAUAAUAAAUUUGUGCCUAUUAGUAUCAACUAAACAGAUAUGUGUGGAAUAUUCUUGUAAAUCAAUUGAAUGUAACCUUUCCUGUAAUUAUGAACUGAUUAUGUUAUAUUGUUUUCCUCGAAGAUGCUUGUACUUUUCAUAUUCAUAUUUUAAGUUUACAAUAAAGUAAAUAUGUUAA